AUGGUCCUCUCUUUCAUCCUCAUCCAAAACCGCCAAGGCAAGACCCGCCUGGCGAAAUGGUACUCGCCCUACACCGACGACGAAAAGAUCAAGCUCAAAGGCGAAGUGCACCGCCUCGUCGCGCCCCGCGACCAAAAACACCAGUCCAACUUCGUCGAAUUCCGCGGCUCCUCCAAAGUCGUCUACCGCCGCUAUGCAGGCCUGUUCUUCUGCGCGUGCGUGGAUGCGAAUGACAACGAGCUGGCGUUUCUGGAGGCGAUCCACUUCUUCGUCGAGGUGCUGGAUCAGUUCUUUGGGAAUGUUUGUGAGUUGGAUUUGGUGUUCAACUUCUACAAGGUCUACGCGAUCCUCGAUGAAGUGUUCCUCGCCGGCGAGAUUCAGGAGACGAGCAAGCAGGUUGUGUUGACGCGCUUGGAGCAUUUGGAUAAGCUGGAGUAA